AUGCGAAUAACAUUCAAAUCAUUCAAUUAUAUAGGGUAUGGUAUCUACAAUGACAUCAAGACUCGACUCCCUUACUACAAGUCUGAUUUCGCCGAUGCAUUCAACUAUCGAGUCAUACCACUGACGAUCUUCAUAUUCUUCACCAAUUUACUCCCAGCAAUCGCCUUUGCCCAGGAUAUGUUUGAUAAGACCGAUCAUGCUUAUGGUCUUAACGAAGUGCUUAUGCUGUCAGCACUUGCUGGGGUUGUGUUUGGGUUGUUUUCAGGACAGCCAUUGUGUAUUGUGGGUGUUACUGGACCCAUUUCUAUUUUCAGUUAUACCGUAUACGAGUUGAUCACACCUCGAGGUACGCCGUAUUUCCCAUUUAUGUGCUGGAUAUAUUUAUGGUCAAUGGUAUUCCAUAUAAUUAUUGCCGUGGGGAACUAUAUUUCAUUUUUGAAGAUAAUCAGUUUGUUUUCAUGCGACGUAUUUGGAUUCUUUAUCAAUAUCGUGUAUAUCCAAAAGGGGAUUCAGAUCCUAAAUAACCAGUUCAAGGUGGAUCUAGCCAGUGGUUAUUGUUCAGUCAUGAUCUCAUUGCUUAUGAUUAUAUGUGGUGUGGGAUCGAUUUUGUUUGGAAACUAUUUGCAUUAUUUUAAACCAUGGGUACGAAGAGUGUUUGUUGAUUAUGGUGUGGUUCUCCUGGUUAUUUUCUUUACUGGGUUUAUACAUUUCGGGGGCCAUUUAGACGAAACUGUGCUUGCUACAUUGCCCACCACAUCUUCAUUUGUGCCUACUCAUACUGGAUCUGACCGAGCUCAUGGGUGGUUUAUUCACUUCUGGCCCGGUGAUAACAUCAGUGUGGGAGAUGUGUUUCUCGCUAUCCCAUUUGCGAUAUUGUUAACAUUUCUUUUCUAUUUUGAUCAUAACGUUUCCCUGUUAAUGUGUCAACUGAAGGAAUAUCCCUUAACCAAGCCCGCCUCUUUCCAUUGGGAUUUCCUUCUCCUUGGAUUGACCACGGGACUUGCAGGGAUUUUGGGCCUUCCUGCCCCCAAUGGACUUAUUCCACAAGCACCACUACACACCGAUUCACUUGUGGUUCAUGACAACCUCGGUAAAAAGCUCAGUGUUGUUGAACAACGAGUGACAAACACUGUACAAGGUGCACUCACGUUUUUAAUGAUGUCACCGCCAUUUUUGAUAGUGCUUGGACUUAUCCCGCAGGCGGUUCUUUCAGGGUUGUUUUUUAUUAUGGCCAUCACUGGGUUGCACGGAAAUAUCGUGACUAAUCGGAUCAGGUACUGUUUUCUCGAAAACUCGUAUAUUGAAAACGACCCUAGUUGUCCGCAAGUAUGGAAGGACAUUCAUGAGCUCCCCAAUAAGAAAUGGUUCUAUGUAUAUACUGCAUUAGAGGUUGUUGCUGGGGUAGCGGAAUUUGCCAUUACCUUGACCAAGGGAGCAGUUGGGUUCCCUGGGGUUUUGUUAUUUUUUGCAUUUUGCGCCAAGUGGGUUUGGCCGUUGAUUAUACCUAGGGAAGACUUGGACAAACUAGAUGGGGAAGUUGCCGAUGAGUUUAUUAUCAAGAAUUUGGAUAUAACUAAUCAUAUAAAAAGAGAGCAGCGGGAUUUGGAGGCAAAAGGUGACGAUGUGAAUUUGCAAAUGUACGAGAUGAGCGAUGGGAAUAGUAGGUAUAGUUAA